GGGUUCAGUCGCUCGCGAGUCGUCGCCGCCGUCGCGUCCCUCCGCUUACAAGUGCCUAUACGCUCGCGCUUUCUCCGCCGCCGGUCAUUGGGUCGAGGAAGCGUCGCAGGUGCCGAGUGUGUCCGUGCUUCGAGUACUUUAUCGAGUCAGUGCAGUUGGGAGGAUUUUCCGCGCCGAGUGGGCAGAGCAGAGGUUCGAGGCAGCAGGCAAGGCAGAGAGUUGAAAAAAGGACAAGACAAAGCAGCAGCAGGAGAGAAGCAUGUCGGCGAAGGCGAUUCGCGAGGCGACGGGCAAGGACCUGAUCAACCGCAAGCUCGCGCAAGGCACUCGCGCCGCCAAGUGCCGCUUCGUCAGCAUCGACGAGUCGACCAACUGGUCGCAUCUCGUCUCGGAGAAUCCAUGGCUCAGCAGCGAGCGGCUCGUCGUCAAGCCCGACCAGCUGAUCAAGCGCAGGGGUAAGCUGGGGCUGAUCAAGGUCAACGCCGAUCUAGCCCAGUGCCAGCAGUGGGUCGCCGAGAGGCUAAACAAGGACCAGCAGAUUGGCAAGGCCACCGGCAAGCUCAAGACCUUCAUCAUUGAGCCGUUCGUGCCCCACAAGCCCGAGGAGGAAGCCUACGUUUGCAUUUACUCGCACAGGACAGCGGACACGAUUCUGUUCCACCACGAGGGCGGAGUCGACAUCGGCGACGUCGACGCCAAGGCGCUGAAGCUCGAGGUACCCGUCGACUCGGACAUUCCAGAUGAAAGCACGAUUACCAGCAGACUCCUCGCCCACGUGGCCAACGACAAAAAACCAGUCAUCGCUAAGUUCAUUCAGAGCCUCUACAAACUCUACGUCGACCUGUACUUCACCUACCUGGAGAUCAACCCUCUCGUCGUCACGGACGACUCGAUCUACAUUCUGGAUCUUGCCGCCAAGCUGGACACGACCGCGGACUUUAUCUGCCGACCCGACUGGGGCGAGAUCGACUACCCGCCGCCGUUCGGAAGGGAUGCCUAUCCCGAGGAAGCCUACAUCGCCGACCUUGACGCAAAGUCUGGCGCCAGUCUCAAGCUCACGAUCCUCAAUCCCAGUGGCAGGAUAUGGACGAUGGUUGCCGGCGGUGGUGCCUCGGUCAUCUACUCGGACACGAUUUGUGACCUGGGGGGCGCUUCCGAGCUGGCCAACUACGGCGAGUACUCUGGUGCCCCGAGCGAGCAGCAGACCUACGAGUACGCCAAAACCAUUCUGGGACUGAUGACCAAGGAAAGGCAUCCCGACGGCAAAGUCCUCAUCGUCGGUGGCGGUAUCGCCAACUUCACCAACGUCGCGGCCACGUUCAAGGGCAUUGUCAAAGCCCUCCAGCAGUUCCAGCCCAAGCUCGUCGAGCACGACAUAAAAAUCUUCGUCCGAAGAGCCGGACCCAAUUACCAGGAAGGCCUGAGGAUAAUCCGCGAAGUCGGCAAACGCCUGCAGAUCCCAGUGCACGUCUUCGGUCCAGAGACUCACAUGACUGCGAUCUGCGCGAUGGCACUCGGCAAGAAGCCGAUCCCCGAUCCCGAGGCUCAAGAAUUUUCCACGGCCAACUUUCUCCUGCCGUCCGGCCAGGAUGUAGGUCCCUCAGCACCGUCCUCGGGUGCCACGAGCCCCUGCACCCCGACCAAGCAGCCACGCGUCCAGAAGAGCGACUCCGUCGACUCGUCCUUCAAGCCGCUUUUCAGCAGCAAGACCAAGUCCAUCAUCUGGGGUAUGCAGACGCGUGCCGUGCAGAGCAUGCUCGAUUUUGAUUUCGUCUGCAGGCGGACAGAGCCCUCUGUCGCUGCCCUCGUCUACCCCUUCACCGGGGAUCACAAGCAGAAGUUCUACUGGGGACACAAGGAAGUCCUCAUUCCAUCUUACAAGAACAUGAAGGACGCCAUGGCGAAGCACCCCGACGCCGAUGUCAUGAUCACUUUUGCCUCGCUGCGAUCGGCCUACGAUAGCGCGAUUGAGACUUUGCAGUUUCCCCAAAUCAAGACGAUUGCCAUUAUCGCCGAGGGCAUUCCCGAGAAUAUGACCAGGAAGCUGAUCCUCAAGGCAAAUGAGAAGAAGGUCACGAUCAUUGGACCGGCAACCGUUGGUGGCGUCAAGCCCGGCUGCUUCAAGAUCGGCAACACUGGCGGAAUGAUGGACAAUAUUCUGCACAGCAAACUUUACAGACCCGGCAGCGUGGCGUACGUUUCGCGAUCCGGUGGCAUGUCCAACGAACUCAACAACAUUGUUUCCAAAGCAUCUAACGGCGUGUUCGAGGGUGUGGCAAUUGGUGGGGACCGAUAUCCCGGCACGACGUUCAUGGAUCACAUAAUGCGCUACCAAAAUGACCCAGACGCCAAGUUGAUAAUUCUCCUUGGUGAAGUUGGCGGUGUCGAGGAAUACGAGGUGUGCGAGGCGCUGAAGUCCAAGCGCAUCACGAAACCCCUUGUUGCAUGGUGCAUUGGUACGUGCGCGAGCAUGUUCAACAGUGAGGUGCAGUUCGGACACGCGGGAUCGAUCGCCCACUCGAACCUUGAAACUGCAGUGGCGAAAAACGAGGCACUCAAGGCCGCAGGUGCAUACGUGCCCGAUAGCUUUGACAACCUCGGCGACCUCAUACACUCAGUCUAUGAGCAGCUCGUGAGGGACGGUACCAUCGUGCCCGAGCCUGAAAUGCCGCCACCUACUGUACCCAUGGAUUACAGCUGGGCUAGGGAAUUGGGUCUCAUCCGUAAACCAGCUUCCUUUAUGACGUCGAUUUGCGACGAACGUGGACAAGAACUGCUGUAUGCGGGUAUGCCGGUGACAGAGGUUCUCAAGCAAAAUGUCGGCAUUGGCGGUGUCGUCUCGCUCCUCUGGUUCCAGCGCUGCCUGCCACCGAUUUACUGUAAAUUCCUCGAGAUGUCCCUUAUGCUCACAGCUGAUCAUGGACCUGCCGUUUCUGGCGCCCACAAUACCAUCGUCUGCGCCAGGGCCGGCAAGGAUCUCGUCAGCUCGCUCGUCUCCGGACUUCUCACAAUUGGUGAUCGUUUCGGAGGAGCACUGGACGGAGCCGCAAGAAUGUUUUCAGAGGCAUACGACGCAGGUCUCCAUCCUCAAGAGUUUGUCAAUAAUACACGUAAAAAGGGCAAGCUAAUCAUGGGUAUUGGCCACAGAGUCAAAUCCAUCAACAAUCCGGACAUGAGAGUCAAGCUUAUCAAGGAAUACGUUUUGGAAAACUUCCCUACAAAGCCUUUAGUCGAAUAUGCGCUGGAAGUCGAGAAGAUCACCACAACCAAAAAGCCGAAUCUCAUUCUUAACGUCGAUGGAAUUAUCGCGUGUGCCUUUGUCGAUAUGAUGAGGAAUAGCGGUAGUUUUACGAGGGAGGAGGCGCAGGAGUACAUUGAAAUCGGAGCAAUCAACAGUUUGUUUGUCCUCGGCAGAAGUAUAGGCUUCAUCGGUCAUUAUAUGGACCAAAGAAGGUUAAAGCAAGGCUUGUACCGCCAUCCUUGGGACGACAUUUCAUACGUGCUGCCAGAGCAAUACAACUGAGCGAACUUGUCCUUCACUUACUAUCGUCGUCCAUCGUAAUCGCGUAUCAAUUAGAAGUGAAUCUCUACGUCAUAAUGAUAUUAAAUAAUGGAAACUAUAAAAAAUCUAGACGGGAGUUCAUGAAAAAAACAAAGCAAAAAAUAUCCGUACAAGACGAGUAGAACUCACUUAUGUAGCGAUGUUCUAAUCUAUGGAUUUGGACUACGCACUUGCUAUCCCGCGUUGCUCCGAUACAAAGCACUGGCACAUUUUGCACUGUCGAAAGUCCAUUAAUUGCCUUAACGAAAUGAAAGAGAUAAAUUUAUGUUUUGAGAAGUUUUACUCGCUGUGCGACACACACUUACAUUUUAGGAGAGAACACAGGAAAAGAUUAAAAAAGCAUUGGUUUGAUAUGAUCUGUCGACAUUCCAGUUUCUGCAUUUGUUUAACAAUGAACAACACGCGAAUGUGCGAUAAUUGUAUUAUUCGAAUUUUUGUACAUAUAGACGUCGACUCACCUAAGAGCAGCAGCACAAAUGCGGAUUUUUAUUUCGCAUUGCAUUAAACACAUACUGAAAUGUACCCUAUGGGAGACGCGAAAUGAAACUAUUCUUUUUUUUAAAGCUUCGGUUAGGUCUGUGUGUUUAUUGAGUAAUAAGUAGGUAAAAAGAUUUUUGCACAAGAAAAGUGACCCUUUCUGCUGAGAGAUAAGAAUUUAGUAUACAUUUUAUCAAUAUACAUGUAUAAUAUUUAUGUAUGUACGUAUUAUUAUUUAAGAAUUUAUUUAGCGUUCUUUUAAUUCUUGCACUAAAAAAAUAUCUUGUUAACUGUAGGUAAUUCAAGAGAACAAAUUGGUUACUGAUUAUAAUCAUGUUAUCUGUAAAAAAGGUCGGCUGUAGAUACGUGGAUAAGUUGAGAAGGAGAAAUAAAAAAUAAUAGCCGAAUCUGA